AUGAGCCGCUGGGACCCGGCCGUGGUGGUCCCUGUGUGUGGGACGGGGGUCCUGGUGUCCUCUGUGACUCUGGAGGUGUUGUAUGUCCUCCUGGCUAAUCCCAGCUCUGCUCAGGUCCCUCUUCUCCUUCUCUCCUCCUACCUGCUGUUCAAUGUGCUGGGGAACAUGCUGAAGUUUGUCUGGACUAAUUCCAGCAUCGCGGGUGUCUUCCUGGAACAUGACAACGUGGGCCAAGGAUGGCUAUACUGCUAUACCUGCCAGACACAUAUACCACCAAGAUGUCAUCACUGCUAUACCUGCAAUGUAUGUGUCCUUCAGCGUGAUCACCACUGCACAUUACUUGGAAAGUGUGUUGGCUUCUCCAGCUACAGAUAUUUCCUCUGUACUCUGUUUCAUGGGUGGUUGGCACUACUUCUUGCCACCAUACUUAAUGCUGAUGUGUUUAUAGAUCUUCUCCACGAGGGAUUCAGCUUUCACAGCUUCUUUCUGCUUCUUAUGCCUUGGAUGAUGUUGAUUUUAGGUCAAGUCAAAGCGUCCACCUUUAUAUUUGCCUUUGUGGCUGACACUUGUAUCGUG